GUCGCCAGGUGAACAAGUGAGAAAGAAACAGCGAGAGAGAGCGAUCGAGAGUGAGAGAUAAAGAGAGAGCUAUAUAUCCCAGAGACUAUUCAGUUCCGUUGUUGAGUUGAGCGUUAAGCGAGUGUACAAUGUGCGGACAGGGCCGACUAUUGAGAGCGAUGGAGGUGGCCAGCGUGGUGCUGGUGCUGCUGGGACUGCUGCUGGCCGGUGCGGGAGUCAGCGAGGGCCGCCCCAUGGACCUCUACGAUGAUGUGAGCGACUUCUUCGAUGCCAUUUCCUUGGACGAUGUCGCCAAUACCGGCCGCAAUACGCAUCCGGAGCAGUUCUGCCUAAUGCCGGCCCGCAAGGGCGUCUGUCGCGCCCUCAUACCGCGCUGGCGCUACGAUCCCGAGCAGAAGAAGUGCGUGGAAUUCAAGUUCGGUGGCUGCGAUGGCAAUGAGAACAAUUUCUCCAGCUACAAGGACUGCAUGUCCACCUGCGAGGGCAUGUAGGGAUCACCAGGAUCUGAAGCUGGAGCUGGAGCUGGAGCUGGAGCUGCAGCUGGGGC